UUCCCAAUUCCCUUUAUUCUUCUUAACUUCUAUUUUCCUCAUCUCUCCUCUCUACACAAGAAAAAGAAAAAUUAUAACCUCUUUUUCUUUUUCUUUUUUUAAAUUGUAUUCCAUUAUGGAAUAUGAAGAAAGCCUUUCAAAAGUAGUUGAAAUUGAAACCAACGACAACAAUAUUGUUGAAAAAGUAGUUGAAAUGGAAGAAGCCCCAUCAAGAGUUUUCCCCUGUUUGUUCUGUUCAAGAAAGUUUCAAAGCUCCCAAGCUUUAGGAGGCCAUCAAAAUGCUCAUAAGAAAGAGAGGACUGCCGCAAGGAAAGCCAAGCGAAUCUGCGAUUACUCGGUGUCACCACCAUCACCGUUCCCGGCACCGACAUCGUUGGUUUUUGCAGCUAGCCAGCAGCAACAUCAUCCAGGGCUAUUGCCACAUCCUGUUUAUAUUGCUACUCAUGGAGCUAAUCUUCAUUGUUUCCCUAAUAACCAACAAUUGUUGUAUGAAAACAUGGUUUUUUGUGGUGGGGUUUGUCCAAGCAAUAGAUAUCAUCAAGAUGAAGAAAAUUUGUUGAAUUGGGAGAGAAACAUAAAGAAAGAUCUUAGUAGGAUAAAUCAUGAUAAGGAAAAAGAGCAAAAACUUGAUCUCUCUCUCCAUUUAUAGAAGCAUUUGAGUUUACAAAGCCUUGUAGUUGUGGAGCAAGUUCUUUUUUUUUUUUUAUCUUUUCUUCUUUAUAAGAGUUGGUUUUACAAAGUUUUGAUGAUGAAUAAUCAAGUAGUUGUUUUUUGGAGGCAUUUUUGAAAUCUUUUCUUGUUAAGUUUGAUAGUCCUGCGUAUGAAGCCAAUAAAAAGUAACUUCUUCAUAAGUUUUCAAAUAUUUGAAUGAUCAAAACACACAUUUUGUCCCUAUGUUUUGGAUUUGGUAGGUAAGCUGUUUCCUAUUGUCACAUCACAUCAAUUAAGUCAAAAUAUAUGUAAUUAAUUAAUAUACUAUAAAAUUCCACAAGGGUUUAAUGAAUAAUAUUAAAGAAAUGU